AAUUAUUUCCACGUACGAGAGGUCCUUGUUGAUUGAAUGGCAUGUAAAGUCAACAUUUAAAAGAGUAAAACAUUUGUAAUCUUUCUAAUAUGUGAACAAUGGUAUGUUUUAAAUGAGCUUUUUAAAGAUAAUGAUACUGGUAAUGCCAUUCCCUCCCAUUAAGAAGUCCUUAAAGCAGACUUCUAUUGUCAGAUCUUUGGUAUACUGUUGUCGCACAUCCCAUUGCUGUUUUACCACCACAAUGCAAUUAUUUUGAUAAACUGGACUUUAUUUGGGUAAAUGCAUAUCAAGCGGUAUGUCUCUGCCUAAAAUAAUAAUUUGCUCUAUAUUUUGAAAGCACAGUAUACCAAAUUCUGCUUCACAGACAUUUACAGAUUAGGAGUUGAACAUUCCCAAGCUGUGGCGGCCGCAGUGAAGUUGUCUUAACCAUAUGCAUUUUAUUUUCUCCCCCAUAUUGGACUAUCCUCUGUUAAACUUCUCUCUGUUAUUUGUGUGUGUAUGUGUGUGUGUGUGAUUUUUGUAGUGAAGAAGGCAAAGGCAGCCCCCUCGUGGAUGGCUGAAAGUGGUCCUCUGCCUGCCAACAGGGGAUUGUAAACAUUUGCAAAGGCCAGCAAGCAUUCAAGUCCCACCCCGGCCUUUUCGUGUCCUCUAUUCUUUCUCUGCCUUCUCCUUCUCUUUCCUUCUGUCUAAUUAACCUUUUCUAGGUGGUUUUGUUGUAGCGUGUAAAGGUCAAAUAUCGGGGACAUAGCCUGAAACGGUGCUAAUUUUGCAUUGUUUUGCAACACUUCUUAUGAAUGCUGCUUAGCCAUUUGAGAGCUAAAGCAAUGCUCCUUAACAGAUAAGGGUGGCAAUAUUCCUCAACCUCAAUGCCAGCAGUUUGCACAGCAGCUGUUAAUACUCGAUAGCACAACAGAGGUUCAUUAAUCCAACAGUGAAAACAGUCCCCAAGAAAAGCACAUUUAAUUCUGUAUGUGAACAAUUUACAAGAAAAUGUGUCAGCUUCUUAAGAUUUCAGAGGUAACACAUGGGAUUAUGACUGAGAGCAGAAAGUAUUCUUGCAAUAACCAACAUUUUUAUAUUGUCUGUCUUAUCCUUUUGAAAAUGUUAAUUCAUUCUUGAAAGAAAAAUCUUUUAAUGGCAGUUAUUUUGGUUUUUAGUGAUAAAGGCCUAUACAUAAACAAUGGCUGAUAAUAAUGACCUUUGCAGAAACCACAUUACCCAGGCAGCUGGCUCUGCACACACCUACCAAUAUGUUCGCAGUAACACAAGUCAAUGAUUGGUUAUCUUAUAUAAUAGUCAUACUUCAUCUCGUCAUCAUUUGUCUAAGUUGCCGAGCCGACAUGACAUUAUGUUGGUAAAUAUUCUCUUUAACAGUGGUCUUCUUUUGUUGUUGUGUUUUACAGUUCUUUUUCCUGGCUCAGCCAGUCCUGUAUACCAGGCCCUGCUGAAAAUACCAUCCGAGUUUUGUCUCCUGCAGCAAUUUCUCUCUUCAGUGUGCUCUUUUUUUACAUGUUGUCAUUGUUGUGUGUCUGUAUUUAGGUCAUGUGUUUUUGUCAAAAUACUAUUUUUGGGUGUGGAUUUACUGUGAGAUGACAAUGAGGUAUUGAUUUUGGCCAUUUAAAAAAUACAAUCCGUGGCAUUUUACAAAUAAAGAUGAUCAAAUUACUUUUAAUUGGGCUGUGUUAGCACACAUAAAUCAAACCAGUCAUGCUGUGAUCUUAUUGGUUGAUUGAUGCAGUGGCAGGUAAGGAUACUAGAUGAAUGAUUUGCAGCAGACACGCUAGCCACACGAUAUCUGCUAUUGUCAUUUAGGUCAUACUAAUAUAUGCUGUGACAUUUGUGUUUUUGGUAAGUAAACACUGAUAGUUUGUAUAGUGUUCUUGCCAAAUCCCUAAAAUUCUCUCUGUGUGUAUCUCGAUUUUUCUCUGUGUGCUUUUAGUAGCGAAGCCGCCAGCGUGAGUCGCUUGUUUCAGUAAACGUCUCAAUGAAAAUUGAGGGCUCACCCAACUGGAGAAGCAGCUGUGCUUGCUAACCUUUGGUUCAUGACUUAAAAAACACGUUCAGGAUCUAUUCCAGAUGAGGCUAAAGCUUUGUCUCUGUUGGCGCCAGCAAACGCUAUUGCAGGAAUCCUGCCAGGAGGAGGACUUCUCCCGCUGCCCAAUCCCAUGUCCAAUCCAGCUAUGGGAGGAAACCCUUUCGGUGUUCCGAACAUGGAUGCGAUGGCUGCAUUUGGAUUCCCAGGACACAAUAUGAACCCACAGGCCGCUGAUCAGCUGCUAAAGUUCAUGACCGAUCCAAAACUGAAUCCUUUGGCUGCAGGCUUAAACCUGAGUGCGAGCCUGAAGGCGGACGCGUCUAAUAAAGAGAUGGAGGAAGCCAUGAAGAGAGUGAGAGAGGCCCAGUCGCUCAUUUCUGCUGCUAUUGAACCAGGAAAUAAAGAGAGCAAAAAGAAGCGCUCUCGCUCUAGAUCCAGGUCCAGGAGGAGGAGAUCCAGAUCACGUUCAAAACACAGGAGAACCAGGAGCAAAUCACAGCGGCGGCGGUCCAACUCCAGAAGCAGGAAGCGCUCCAAAAGCCCCCGCAGGAGACACACCGACUCCAGAGACCAAAGCAAGCGAUCUCCGAGCAGAUCACGGGAUAGAAAGAAAGACGAUUCAGGGAAAAGACGAUCCAAAACACCGCCUAAAAGCUACAGCACAACCAGGAGGUCACGCAGCGAGGAACGGAGACGCAGGAAAAGUCGCAGCAAGAGCCGAUCUCCUCCUAAAAAAAAGACUCCAUCUCCUCGACGACACAAGAAGGAAAAGAAAAAGGAGAAGGAAAGGGAGCGCAAGAUUGAUAAAGAGCGCAAUCGAGAGGAACGUGAACGCUCCACCAGCAAGAAGAAGAAGAGCAAAGACAAAGAGCGAGAUCGGGAGAGGAAAUCUGACGGAGAGAAAGGAGAUGUCAAGAUCACCAGGGAUUAUGAUGAGGAAGAACAAGGCUAUGACAGCGGGAAGGAGCGAGCGGACAGGAAAGAUUCUGACGACUCUGCUUUGUCUCCUCAGUCUGUCGAAGGUAACGGCACCGCGCGGCAGGCCAAAGUAAACGGAGCUGACGAUCACCACGAAGAGGACAUGGAUGUCAGUGAUUAGGUCGUCUAUCUUUGUCCCUCCUUUCUGUUUUGGUUGUAAACAUGUUACGACUUUAUUCCCCACUGGGGUCGAUCUAAAAUGUGAAGUGAGCGUCAAAUGUAAUGAUUUUUCGCACAGAAGAGUCGCUGUAUUGACAUUUUGCAGAGUUGGCCAUAUGUCCCAUAGCUUUAAAGUACCCUCAUGCUUUUACCUCCGGAAAAAUCAUAGUCUGUUAAAACUGGAAGUAGGUUUGCUUUGCUUUUCUCGAGCUUGUGUCACCUUUUUACACAUAUUGUAUCUUUUACAUUAUUUUUGUGUUGUGGUGUGUUGUUCAGGCCUCUUCCCUCAACUUCUCGAAACAGUUAAUACGUUUGUUUCUUAUUUGAAAGUGUCGAUUGUUUUAUCAAGGAUUUCUUUUAUAAUAAAGCCUAUUUGGAAAAAAAA